AUGAUGAACUUUACCCACCCAACAAGCAUCUUGAAUGCCAAUACCAUGAGCCAACAACCCGAGUUUGAUAUGAAUCUGGACCUGCCCCUGCUGAUGGGAAGCCCCCCUAACUCGAACGAAUCGCCGGGGUCGCUCACUACCAAUUCUUCGACCGGAUCUCCCCUUCAAGACAAGUUCCACUACCCUCAGGCUUACCCGAAUGGAACCACCGUGGCCACUCCUCCCAAGCCGAAGAAGAAGUACAUGAAGAUCAGAGACGAGGACAUGCGUGGCCCGUUCUACUGUAAGUGGGAAGGGUGCACUACCGUCUUCGGGACUCCCGAAGCUCUCUAUGACCAUCUCUGUGACUUGCAUGUCGGUCGCAAGAGCUCGAAGAACUUGAACUUGACCUGUCUGUGGGAAAACUGCGGUACCACAACCGUUAAGCGUGACCACAUCACCUCUCACUUGCGCGUGCACGUUCCUUUGAAGCCUUACCACUGCGAGCUCUGCCCCAAGCUGUUCAAGCGUCCUCAAGAUUUGAAGAAGCACGCCAGAGUGCACGCCGAUGACCACCCGAAGAAGUUGAAGCGUCAACGUGAGACGCCCAAGUACGACUUGCCGUUCCCGGAAGACACCCGUAAGCGGGUGCCCUACGACCCUGGUCAACAAGCCCACAUCGUCAACUCCCUCCUUUCAGAAUUCAACUUCCCCUUACACGGUGACCAAGCUAACAAGAAGCGGAAGCCCGACCCUCUGUACAACCCCGACAUGUACCAGAAGUUCCAAUCGGUUGAACACGCUGAGCUCGUACCGCCCCUGACACAGCAAGGGUAUUACAACUAUCCUCAACACCAACCCCUGUUUGGUUCUGCGGUGGCCUUCGCUGCUCACUCAAACCCGGCGCUGGUGUACGAGGCCGAGCGUUUCUUCUCGUCGCUUUCCAACUCCAUCGACAUGCAAUUCCCUCAGUUGUCUAUGCCCACUCAUAACAACUAUGAUCAAAUGUUGCAACCUGUCAACCACGCUGGUUACACUCUCCCUCCUGUGAGCAAGCCCGGCAUGGCGCAAACUCCUCAGGCCCCUCAAGCUCCUCAAGCUUCUCCAUACCCUACCGCUCAACUUGGAUCCAUUCUGACGAUGAAGACGGACGUACCUCUGUACCCGUUGGCGUCUAGAUCAAGCAAUGACUUUCAAGGAAAGCCGCAAGCGAUGUACUCUGUCUACGGCCAACGUGAGGCGCAACCGUUGUCGGAAGACGAAUCUGAGUCUGCCACUGAAUCAUCCGAAUCUGACUCGGAACUCGAGGAAGGUGAGUUGAUUCUGGCUUUCGAAGACAUGUCUGUUGACAACAUGAACAUUCGUGCUGUUCAAAGACACAAAGAAAUGGUUUCUUUGGUGCUCAACUACUUGCGCCAAGAAAUCUCUCAAUUGGAAUUGAAGAAGGCUGAACCCAUCGAACACGAGAAGAAGGGUUCGCUUUAUCCUACUAUGAUUGCCAUCUAA